AUGGAGGCGGCUGGAGCAUUGGCGAGUUUGGCACCGUCGCCCAUCACAGUGCUGGGACUGAUACCACUCCUGGCGCUAGGAAUUACGUAUUUCAGAUACCAGCAGUACGACCCGGAGUCUUACAUAUCGGAAGUCAAUGCUUUGUUGCCGAUCUACGACUUCAUAAUAGUCGGUGGCGGUUCAGCGGGCGCCGUGGUGGCUUCACGCCUCUCCGAGAUCGGCAACUGGACAGUUCUGCUGCUGGAGGCCGGCUACGACGAGAACGAGAUCUCCGACAUCCCCGCCCUCGCCGGCUACAACCAGCUCUCUGAAAUGGACUGGCAGUUCCAGACCACGCCCUCCAACAACAGGUCCUACUGCCUCGCCAUGAACGGAGACCGCUGCAACUGGCCCAGAGGCAAAGUCCUCGGCGGCUGUAGCGUCCUCAACGCUAUGGUCUACGUCAGGGGCAACCGCAACGACUACGAUCUAUGGGAAGCACUAGGCAACCCCGGCUGGUCCUACGAUCAAGUGCUACCAUACUUCUUGAAAUCCGAAGACAAUCGAAAUCCGUACUUGGCAGACACGCCUUACCAUGCUUCGGGAGGGUACCUCACGGUUCAAGAAGCCCCCUGGCGGACUCCGCUAUCGGUGACCUUUAUCAAAGCCGGCAUGGAGCUCGGUUACGAAAACCGAGACAUUAAUGGAGCGAAACAGACCGGUUUCAUGCUGACCCAGGCGACGAUGCGCCGCGGCAGCAGAUGCAGUACCGCCAAGGCGUUCUUACGACCAGUGCGACAAAGAUCAAAUCUCCAUGUCGCCCUUGGGGCCCAAGUCACGAGAAUACUAAUUAAUCCGGUCAAAAAACAAGCUUACGGAGUUGAAUUUGUUCGCAAUGGUCAGAAACAUAAAGUAAGAAUAAAGAGAGAGGUCAUCAUGUCGGCCGGGUCGUUAGCGACGCCACAAAUAAUGAUGCUCAGUGGUAUCGGUCCCGCUGAUCAUUUGAGAGAACAUAACAUACCGGUUAUAGCUAAUCUUAAAGUGGGUCACAAUUUGCAAGAUCACGUUGGACUGGGCGGUCUGACAUUCGUAGUUAAUAAGCCAGUUACGUUCAAAAAGAACAGGUUCCAGACGUUUUCGGUGGCUAUGAACUACAUUUUAUACGAAAAAGGUCCAAUGACUACCCAAGGAGUGGAAGGAUUAGCUUUUGUUAAUACAAAAUACGCCCCAACAUCAGGUAACUGGCCGGACAUACAAUUCCAUUUUGCACCAAGUUCCGUCAACUCCGAUAGUGGCGAGCAGAUAAGAAAAAUUCUAAACUUACGCGACAGAGUAUACAACACUGUGUAUAAACCUAUAGAAAACGCUGAGACAUGGACGAUACUGCCACUGCUGUUGAGGCCGAAGAGUUCAGGACGGAUAAAACUGAAAAGUCGAAACCCGUUCCAACCGCCUUCGAUUGAACCGAACUACUUCGCGUAUAAAGAAGACAUUAAAGUGCUGACUGAAGGUAUAAAGAUAGCCAUGGCUAUAUCGAACACUACCGCUUUCCAGAGGUACGGGUCUAAGCCUCACAACAUACCACUGCCCGGGUGUCAACAUCUUGUGUUGUUUAGUGAUGAGUACUGGGAAUGUAGUCUAAAACAUUUUACAUUUACAAUCUACCACCCAACAGGGACUUGCAAGAUGGGUCCUAAGCAUGACCAAGAAGCCGUAGUAGAUCCACGAUUAAGAGUGCAUGGUAUCGCAAAUUUAAGGGUCGUUGACGCUAGUAUCAUGCCUACUAUUAUAAGCGGGAAUCCCAAUGCUCCAGUUAUAAUGAUCGCUGAAAAGGCCUCGGACAUGAUAAAAGAGGACUGGCUUGUGUUAUGACAGUGUUUUGUGUUAUUUAUUGAACUUAAUACUCAGUCAAAAGCUAUUGACAUUACAAAAUACUCUUAAGUGUAAUGCUUCACUAGUUUGCGUUAAGCUUGUACAUAAUCAACAAAUGUUUUCGUUAAGGCAAGUCUGUAAUUGUAAUCUUUAUUAACUACGUAUAAUUAAGGUAGUACUUAAUA